CAAAACAAACAGAUAUGUGAAAUGCCAGGGAGUCAUUCACCACUUUGGAGACCCUGGAUAAUGACAGCCAGAGAUAUAGACAGCCAGAGACUAGGAAGACAAAACUCACCAUUUCACAUGGGACAAGUCUAUCAUGAGAGUGAGGCCAUAUCUUUAUUCACUCACCCAGUCAGACUGAUGUGGCCCAGGAGCAAAUGCUUUGACUACCUGUACAGUGAAGGGCAGGAGCUUUUGUCAGCAUUCCCUGUGCAAGCUACAAUCAGCUUCUACAUAGAAUCCGAUACUGACGAGGAGGAUGAAGAAUUCAAUGAGGAAGAUGAAUUAGAAGAAGAAUCAGCUAUAGAGGAAACUGUAUUAGGGAAAAUAACAGAACAGAAAAGUCAACAGUUAUAAUAAAUGACAGACUAACACAAACCAACAACAUAUCCUGUUAAAUCUCAAUGGCUCAAUUUAACAAUUUAAAUAUUGCUGAAAAAGACACAUUUUGUUAAAGCUAUCUUUCUUGGACUUGUCAGGACAUUCACAAGAAUACCAAUGUAAAGGAGAACAACAUUUUAUAUAGUAUAAGCAAAUGCUGAUUGGUUGGCAAAUGGAUUCUGUUUGGUAGAGAUGUGUGGAGACUACACCAGAUACAGGAUGAUUGACAAUGAAUUGCCUGAACUUUGUUGAAAUUUAUUUUAUGAUGUGGCAAUGCUGGUGUUGGACUGCAGUGGACAAGGUCAGAAGGCACACAGGUUAUAG